AUGUGUGAAGGGAGCACAUGGGCAGCAUAUCGUGAUCUUAACAUGAACGAGUACCGUGCCACUUCACAUGCUCCAGAAGGGACACAGGGCAGCAAGGAAAGCAAGAGACCACACCAAGCAACGAACAGCAUUCGCGUCAGUUUUACAUACGGCCCAGUAUACCUUGCAGUGUGGCUGCAGGUUUUGUUAUCAAUGUCUGGGCCGCUGGCAGCCAGUAUGAACAAGGGUAGUCGGCCACCACCGAACCCGCUGCCAGCCACGAAGGUCGCUGCAGUGGCGCCCAAGGCGCCUCAUCAAGCACCUGUGUUGGCACCGAAGGCGCAUAACGCUCGUGUCGGUCAGAUGCUUGGGGCGACCCCCCCCGCGGGCUCCUCCAUGGCAAAGUCUUUGGGACCUCUGCCUCUGCCGAGGCCUCCUAUCAGACCUGCUGGAAUGCCGCCGCACAUGCCGUCACCGCGAGGCUUCUUUGACUGCGGCUGUGUCGGUUUCUACCAUGUUUUUGGUGAUCCAGUGACCGUCGUGCACUCGUUUGUGCAUCGCCGCAUCGGUGUUGCAUCCCUUGGCUCCAGGCUCUGA